AUGUCCGUCGAUGUGCCUCGUUAUUCAAAAACUGAUGUUCUUCACCGCUGCCAUGGUCAUACUACCAGUCCUGACCUUUUUUUGGUUCAGCAGGUAACCAGUAACACUAUAGUUAGUGGUGGUUUGGCAGCUCUAGCUGCGAACCUGGUUUUGAUUGCGUAUGUCGUAGUGGCGUUUAGUGAAGACACAGGUUCCAGUGAUGGGACCAAGGCUGAGGAUGCGAAGAAACUGGAUUAA